AUGAUUCGUCGAGAAAAUCGUCUCCGACGGGAGUACAUCUUCAGAAAAUCGCUCGAGGAGAAGCAAAAAAGUUUGGAAGAGAAACGUGAGAAGAUUCGUGAUGCUUUGGAGAAUAAUACAAAAAUUGAUUACAAUCUGCGCAAAGAUGCGAUUGAGUUGGCGAAAGGUUCCGAUUGGGGAGGCCAACAAUACGAGGUGGACAGCGAAUAUCGAUGGGCAGGCGCUCAGGAUCCCAAAAUUGUGAUAACUACGAGUCGUGAUCCAUCAUCCCGUCUGAAAAUGUUCUCAAAAGAGAUGAAGCUUAUUUUUCCGAACGCUCAGCGCAUCAAUCGUGGUCAUUACGAUGUAAAGCAAGUUGUGCAAGCCUGUAAGGCACAAGAUUCAACUGACCUAAUUAUUCUCACUGAGACACGUGGGAAUCCAGACGGCAUGAUUGUUUGCCACUUGCCAUUCGGUCCAACAGCUUUCUUCACGAUGGCUAACGUAGUGAUGCGGCACGAUAUUCCAAACUGUGGAACUAUGAGUGAACAGUAUCCACAUCUAAUUUUCGAUAAUUUGAAUAGCAAAUUGGGACAACGCUUUACAACGAUUCUCAAACAUUUGUUCCCCGUUCCGAAACCAGACUCCAAGCGAAUCAUGACUUUCUCCAACGUGGACGAUUAUGUCAGUUUCCGUCAUCACACCUAUAAAACCGAAACCGACGGGGAGAUUGAAUUGAACGAAGUUGGACCGCGAUUUGAACUGAAGCCCUAUCAAAUCAAAUUGGGAACCCUUGAAAAUCUAGCAGCCGCCGAAGAUGAAUGGGUGCUCCGAACCUACACCAACACCGCUCGUAAACGCACAUUCCUCAGUAUCGCGAGAAACGACGAUGACGAGGAAUAG